CUGUGUGUGUGUGUGUGUGUGUGUGUGCAGCGGGAGCAGGAAAACGCCAUGACGCGUCUGAAGAAACAGCAGGCGGAGCUGGAGGCCAUGAGGCUGCGUUACCUAGCUACAGAGCAGAAGGAGGCGGUCCAUCAGGACAGACAGGAGCUGGACAACAUCAGGAACGAACUCAACAGGUUAAAGCAGCAGGAGAAAUUAGACCCCGCCCCACCCGUGUCUGGCCCCGCCCCUCCUCAGUGUGUGAAUGACAGCGCUGACGAACACCUGAGCCGCCUGCUAGAGGAGAGAGACACUCUGCUCAGGACCGGAGUUUACACCCACGAAGACCGAAUCAUCGCCGAGCUCAGCAGGCAGAUACAGGAAGCCAUGAGGGACAGAGGGAAUCUCUGACAGCGGCUGGAACCGUCCAAUCAGAGACAGUCACUCCUGAGACUGCAGACAGAUAUGAUUCUCCUGUCUGUGCUUUUCACUGCAGAGCUUGAUGCUAAGCUAGGCUAACAACGUCCGGACUCCAGCCGUGUACACAGUCAUGAGAUGAGAACUCUCUACCACCAAUAAAUGUGUUGUUAAAUAAUAAAAAGAAUAUAAAGCUUUACACUCAUUUAAUCUUUAAUCAGUUAGUAAACAAAGGCAUUUUUUUCUCUUUAAGACCAAUAAGUUCAAACUUAAUAUAUUUAUUUUUAAUAAAUAAUAUCUAUUCACUUACUCAUUUUUAUUUCUAAACUCUCUUGGCACACAUUUGAUCAUGUAUCUGUUUUCCCCAUGCUGAUAUAUUUCUUUUUAUACUUCCUUUAUAUUAUUUAACUAACAAUGUCAUUUAUUGUUGUUUUCUGCUGUAUUUAUGUUAUGAGAGUUUUAUAUCAGCUGGGUGAAAGUGACACUGUUGGGACAACAAACUCCUGUUAUUCACAUUCAGCCAAACUGAGAGAAGAACUAGUGAUAAAUUGUACAGAUGGUGUAAAAAUGUAACUUUUCCAGAUGCUGUUUGUUUCUUUGUUUGUGUGCUGAAGCAAAUCAGAUUCUUCUUCUGUUUUAUAGCAUCAUUUUAUGUUUGUGUGCUGCAGUCUGAGUCAGAUAAAUAACAUUCACCCCGUUAUGGAGAGGAGGGACGAUUACAGGAACCAGAAACUCUGUCAGUGUGUGUAGACGUGACCGAGUAAAUGUGAACCUUUCCUUUAAAGGGCCGUGCCACCAGUGUUGCACGAACAUUGAAACUACAAACCGCAGGAAACUGUCAUAACUACCAACCGCUUUCUAACAACAGCGUAACCUGGGAGCGCAGUCCUUGCUGAUGCUUUCAAAGAUGCUCCGACAUCUUGGCAUCUGCACCAUUAUUUUCAGCGUACAUUGGAGCUGGAAGGAUUAGCUGACUCUUCAAUUUUCUGAACGUUAAGUAACGAUUAAUAAACUAUUUUGAAAGUUGACUUAUUCCCAGAAUUCCCUGGUUCCAGCUACUCAGAUGUGAUUAUUUUGCUGGUUUUCUUUAACUUCUGUGACAGUAAACUGAAUAUCUUUUUGAGUUGUUUGUGAGACAAGCAGUUUGAAGACUCGAUAGAUAUCUGAUUAUAUGGUUGUUUGAGCAGCAGAUGAUUCAGAUCUGAAGCAUUAUUCAACCUGAAGUGACAGAACAGGAUUUUAUUAAAUCUGAGAGUCUGAAGACGUGUUGAUGAGUUCAUGCACAGUCCAAUGGAUUAAUGUUUGCUCUGAUGAGGGCUUUUUAUCUGACAGCAGGUGGCGCUGCAGCCUCAGAAAAGCCUCUCAACACUCCUGUGACCUGCAGGUGCUGUGAGAUAUUAAUUUAUUCUUUAUUAUCAGAGAGCACUCUGAUUUCUGUGUUUGUUGGCAAUAAAUUAUUUUGGGAUAAAA